GCAUGUAUUUUUUUACAAGCAUAGCAGAAUUAUCUGAUUGUCUUUGUUAUCUGUUAUUUAAUAUCAAACAUGGGCCGAUCAUACCAAGAAGAAUGUGAAUUUCUGGAAAAAGUGAGUCCAAAUUGUUGGAAAAUUAAGAAGGGUUUUGUUCCUAAUAUGAAGGUCGAAGGAAUGUUCUAUGUGAAUGAUCAUCUUGAAAAACUGAUGUUUGAUGAACUGCAGAACUCAUGUCGAGGAGGGGUGGGUGGAUUCCUACCGGGUGUCAAACAAAUUGCAAAUGUCGCAGCUCUGCCUGGAAUUGUUAAGAAUUCAAUUGGCCUACCAGAUAUUCAUUCAGGGUAUGGAUUUGCGAUCGGUAACAUGGCGGCUUUCGAUAUGUCAGAUCCUGAAGCUAUUGUAUCACCGGGUGGAGUAGGUUUCGACAUAAACUGUGGAGUACGACUUCUACGAACAAAUCUUUCGGAAUCAGACGUUCAACCAGUGAAAGAACAAUUAGCCCAGGCAUUGUUUGAUCACAUUCCUGUGGGUGUCGGAUCUAAAGGUGUCAUCCCUAUGAAUGCAAAAGAUUUGGAAGAAGCAUUAGAGAUGGGGGUUGAUUGGUCAGUACGUGAAGGUUAUGCAUGGGCCGAAGAUAAAGAACAUUGUGAAGAAUAUGGAAGAAUGCUUCAAGCCGACCAAUCUAAAGUAUCUGCUCGCGCUAAAAAGAGAGGAUUACCGCAGCUUGGAACCCUUGGUGCCGGGAAUCACUACGCAGAAAUCCAAGUAGUUGAUGAAAUAUUCAACAAUCAUGCAGCCAAGAAGAUGGGAAUUGAUCAUAAAGGACAAGUCUGUGUGAUGAUACACAGUGGAAGCCGAGGACUUGGACACCAAGUUGCCACUGAUGCUCUUUUAUCAAUGGAGAAAGCAAUGAAGCGUGACAAUAUCGUAGUAAACGACAGACAACUUGCGUGUGCUAAAAUCGCAUCACAGGAAGGACAAGAUUAUCUGAAAGGAAUGUGUGCUGCUGGCAACUAUGCUUGGGUUAAUAGGAGCUCAAUGACUUUUCUGACACGACAGGCUUUUGGAAAAGUAUUCAAAUGUGCAGCGGAUGAUCUAGACAUGCAUUUGAUUUAUGAUGUUUCACAUAAUAUUGCAAAAGUCGAGGAACAUUUUGUUGAUGGGAAACAGAAAACUUUACUUGUGCAUAGGAAGGGCUCAACACGAGCUUUCCCACCACACCAUCCACUUAUUCCUGUUGAUUAUCAGUUAACAGGCCAGCCAGUCCUGAUAGGAGGAACCAUGGGAACCUGUAGUUAUGUAUUAACUGGUACUGAGCAAGGAAUGGAGGAGACUUUUGGCACAACUUGCCAUGGAGCGGGCCGUGCACUCUCUCGCGCGAAAUCACGAAGAAACAUCGGAUAUCAAGACGUCUUGAACAAACUCGCUGACCUCGGAAUUUCUAUUCGUGUGGCAUCACCUAAACUUGUUAUGGAAGAGGCUCCAGAAUCAUACAAAAAUGUAACAGACGUCGUAAACACAUGCCAUGCUGUUGGAAUCAGUAAAAAAGCAAUAAAAUUACGACCUAUCGCUGUCAUUAAGGGAUAAGAGGGUAAAGAGUCAACACUGUUCGAAAGUAUGAUGGUCUUCAACGACAUGAUCUGAUAGUUCUGAUUCUGAAGCAAGCACUGUUCGCUUUGGGAGUUCUUUCAUUUCCUUCAAUGGUGAAAUGUAUAUUUUGGUGGAAUACUUUUGAUUCUUUAGUAUCAGUUGAUGCUUCAUUAUUGUUCACUUGUAGAUUAGAAUUAAUCAGUGAAUUUUAGGAGCAUUGCACUCACAACUCUUAAAAUCACCCCCAAUCUACACCAUGUUUUACUUGGCUGGGGCACGGCUAAUUUUAGCUUGG